UGCUGUAAACACGGCUCGCUCAGCUGCGUGGCGGAGAGACAGCUCAUACCAAGGGCUCGAGGUAGGCUACUGUAUUUACGUAGACUGGGCCGUUAAAACGCUAUUCACAUCCUCAUAUGAUAUCUGCAGAAUCUCCUGUCUGAGGUGCAAUGGCUAGGAAGACGGACAUUCCUCCUUCAUACUAUGGUGAGCCACGCAAGUUUGACCCGGGCUUCAGAGGACCUAUCCAUAACAGGGGCUGCACGGAUGUGGUGUGCUGUGUCGUAUUCGUCGUCUGCAUCCUCGGCUACAUCGCUCUGGGCACCGUGGCCUGGAUCCAUGGCGACCCCAGGAAGGUGGUCUACCCCACCGACAGCCACGGACAGUUCUGUGGACAGCAGGGGACCCCCAACGCCAACAAAGCCAUAUUAUUCUACUUCAACAUAUUGCAAUGUGCCAAUCCUGCCGUUCUCAUUAACCUCCAGUGCCCUACAACCCAGCUCUGUGUCUCCAAGUGCCCAGACAGAUUUGCCACAUACCUAGACAUGCAGUACAACUACAGGUACAACAAGAGCUACUGGGAGUAUUACAGGCAGUUCUGCAAGCCGGGCUUCGACAAUCCUAGAAAGUCCGUUGCACAAGUCUUGAGAGAUGAGGACUGCCCUUCCAUGAUAGUGCCAAGCAGACCUUUCCUCCAGCGGUGCUUCCCAGACUUCAUCACCAGGAACGGGACUCUAACUGUCGCCAACAAGACCGUCUUCAAAGACGGCUUAGGUAAAACAAGGAGCGUGAUCGAUCUCCGAGACGCUGCCAACCAAGUUACCGCCAUGCAGCAAGGAGUGGAAAGUGGCAUUACCAGUCUGCUAGACGCCAAGGAGGUUGGCAUGAAGAUCUUUGAGGACUAUGCCAACUCCUGGUACUGGAUCUUAAUAGGUCUGGUGAUAACCAUGGUGGUCAGCCUGGCCUUUAUCCUGCUGCUGCGGUUCACAGCCGGAGUGCUCCUGUGGCUCAUCAUCUUCGGAGUCAUCGCUGUGGUGGGCUACGGGAUCUGGCACUGCUACUGGGAGUUCAGUACACUGAGAGGGAAGCCGCACGGGGAUGGUGACGUCACCAUCUCUGACAUCGGCUUUCAGACGGACUUCAGAGUUUACCUGCAGCUCAGUCAGACCUGGCUCAUCUUCAUGAUCUCCCUAUCGGUCAUUGAGGCGGUCAUCAUAGUAAUCCUGAUAUUCCUGAGGAGGAGAGUGCGCAUCGCCAUCGCUCUGCUGAAGGAGGGGAGCAGGGCCAUUGGCUACAUCAUGUCCACUCUCUUCUACCCGAUUAUCACUUUUGUGCUACUGGCCAUCUGCAUAGCGUACUGGGCGGUCACUGCUGUCUUCUUGGCGUCUUCUGGCGAUGCUGUCUACAAGGUCAUGUCGACGCAGGACAAAUGCAUGUAUGCCAACCUCACCUGUGAUCCAGAGACCUUCAGUCAGACCAACGUGACCAAGGUGUGCCCUGGCUCCCAGUGCACCUUUGCCUUCUACGGAGGCGAGAGCCUCUACCACCGCUACAUCUUUGUGCUGCAGCUGUGUAACCUGCUGGUGUUCCUGUGGCUGGUCAACUUCACCAUCGCCCUGGGACAAUGCACCCUGGCCGGGGCCUUCGCCUCCUACUACUGGGCCCUGAGGAAGCCCCAGGAUAUACCAUCCUGUCCACUGUUCUCCUCCUUCAGUAGGGCUGUAAGGUACCACACAGGCUCUCUGGCAUUUGGCUCUCUGAUUCUGGCUGUAGUGCAGAUGUUCCGCAUUGUUCUGGAGUAUCUGGAUCACAAACUCAAAGGUGCGCACAAUGCUUUUACCCGCUUCCUGAUUUGCUGUCUCAAAUGCUGCUUCUGGUGCCUGGAGCAUUUCAUCAAGUUCAUGAACAGGAACGCCUACAUCAUGAUCGCGAUAUAUGGGAAGAACUUCUGCACCUCGGCUAAGGAUGCUUUCUUCCUCCUGAUGAGGAACGUAGUGAGGGUGGCAGUGCUGGACAAGGUGACAGACUUUCUGCUCUUCUUGGGAAAAGUGCUUAUUUCAGGGAGUGUUGGUGUUCUAGCGUUCUUCUUCUUCACCCGUAAGAUACCAGUUAUUCAAGAAGAAGUGCCAUCACUAAAUUACUACUGGGUCCCCCUGCUGACGGUGAUAUUUGGAUCCUACCUGAUUGCCCAUGGCUUCUUCAAUGUCUAUGCUAUGUGUGUGGACACCUUAUUCCUUUGUUUCUGUGAAGACCUGGAGAGGAACGACGGCUCGCCCCUCAAGCCCUUUUUCAUGUCCCCUCAAUUGCACCGAAUCCUCCGCAGAGAGCAGGGCUCCAAACUCUCUGCUGCCUCCUGAUAGGCCACCACACUGAACAUCUGCCUAGUGAUAGGCCAGAACACUGACUCACUGAAGGAAUGGCCCAGUGGGAGUGUUUGUGGUCUGGAGCAUACUAGAGCAGAGCCUAUUGGCUGGGCUGGACUCCAGACUGGCCAGGACUGACCAGAAAGGCCUUUGCAGGACAUGGCAGGACCCAAUAGGGUGGUGUAUGUGGGUGGGGGUUAUGUCAAUUCAACUUCCUCCCUCUCGCUGCCACUGCCGUUGAUACUUCUGAUACUUGCCUUUUUUCUCUGUCAUGCUUCUGUCCCUUUCUUUCUCUGCCGUGCCGACACUGCUGAUCUCUGCCUUACUUAGAGAGCGCUGCAGCAGCACAGCGUGUGUGUGUGUGAGAGAGAGAGAGAGAGAGAGAGACAAGGGUGAAAUUGCCAUUAGCCCAACACAUAGCAAGAGGCACACAUACUGCAAAAGGAGAUCUCUGUAUUUCGGAUGCAAUUGGUGUACUUUUUCAGAUGGUCAGGACAUUAUGGAGUUGUGGGGUGACACAGUACAAGGGCACCCCCUUCUGACACUACUGUGUUUGUGCAACGGUUAUAUGUACUGUAACUUAAGGUCAUGUUUAAGGUGAAGUUGCCCUUAGACGCUGAUCUUGGGUUGGUCUGUUUAGCAUUUUCCUCACCAGUGGUUUAAGGUUAGGAUUGGGGUAGGUUUUACCAAACCCCAGAGCUGUUUUAGGCACUCAUGUGUGGAAAAUAACCUUGACGUGGCUUUUCUGUCAAGCAUGAUCAUUUUCUUUAGGAUAUUUAUGAUUAACAUUAGUUGAAGAGGCACUUUUGGUCCACCAUAUUUAUUGACACUGUUACAGAUACUUCUACAGAGUCCUGGGCACAAGAACACUGCUCCAAACUUUAUGUGUAACGCUACACAGAUAAACCCGAACGCGCCCAUGAGUCUACAGAGUCACAGACACUUGUCGGACGGUUUGGUUUUACAAUCAUUGAUAUUACUGUAAGUGACCGAUGUAAUGUUGGCUAACGACGGUUCAAGACGGUCGUGUACACACGGAUGCUGAUGCUAAGAAUGAGAUUUGAAUAGACCCUGGCGCGUUUUGAGGAAUUCCCGAAUGCAGUUGCUAGUAAACGUGCCUAAUUCCACAUGGGAGAAACGUUCCUCUUAUUGUUUUGUGGUUUUACAUUCUAACGCCGAGAACCGUUUCUAAAAGAAAUACCGUUUCUAAAAGGAUGUUAAAGCCAUUUUUAGUAAUUUUAUAUGGAAUAGUAGUGCUGUUUUUAAUACUAGGUACUGUAACUCUCAUCUGUUUGGAGGAUUUGUAAUGUUUUUGUACAGCGGAACUCUUUUGUAUUGAUGACUCCAUUUUUAAUUUUUUUUUGUUUGUUUUUGUGAAUGGUUCCAUUAUAGCACAACUCUUGGGUAAUUGAUAUCUUAAUUUGUAUUAAACAGAGGGUUUAUGAAAUAUUUACAUUGACGCUGGGUUUGUGGUAUUGCAAAGGAUUUGGGGAAGACCUGUUGUCAAACAAUGGGUUUGAGGUAAUAAAAGAUGGUUUGGUUGGGAUCAAGUGGGUUUUAUGAAACCGAGAGUAAGUAUCAGAAAAAUGAGUUUGGUAUUUCAAAUAGAUUUGGAGUAAUAUGACUGUGUUAGAGAAUGUUUAAUGGUAGGUUAAGGGGUAUGUAACAUAGUGUCUGUAGUAUGUGACUGGCUGUGUGUUCCUGUCCUUAGUGGUGGAUCUGGAGGUGAACAGUGGCUCUGCUGCCAGACCCUUCUACAUGAGCAGCACCCUGAGACAAAUUCUCGACAAGAAGAACAGCAAGAGGAGGAAAGACAAGAGAUAGCGGGGAAGAUGAGAAGAGAGGAACAGAUACAGGGUGACUGGAAGAGACAGAGGCAGGAGAGAGGUGAUGGAGAUGGGGGAAGGCACCGGUGCAUGAUGUAGAGAUGGAAGACAGACAAUUCUAAUCCUGGUCCAUAUUGUACCUGAUACCAUUAUUAUUAUGCUCUUUGGACAUAAUAUGUGAAUUGUCUUAUCUUGCCUUACAGUACUUGGAUGUACUAACAAACUAUCACCAUGAAUGCACAAUGACAACAGUACGGUUAGCUUAACUGUGGCCAAAUCGUGCAUUUAAAGGCAACUGCAAGUUCUUGGUUUUACCAAUGUACUGUGAAGCACUUACUUGAGUGAACAGCGAAGUGUACAUUUUGUAUAAUAAUAGGUUGCACCACAUACUGCCUGUCAGCAGGUCCAUGUCACUCUGUAUGUAGGAACUCAAACCAGCCACAAGAUGCUACUCUUAAGGUGGACAUCUUAAAGGUCCAGUACAGCUGUUUUUAAUCACGAUAUCAAAUCAUGUCUGGGUAACAAUUAAGUACAUUACUGUGGUUUCAAUAGCAAAAACAGCUUCUUAGCAAAAGAGCAAUUUCUCAAGCAAGAAUUAUGCUAGGACUGUCUGGAACUGGUCUGAGUCGGGAGGGGGAAACUGAAAACCAGCUUGUAUUGGCAGAGAGGUUAGGAACUCUCGUUCUUAUUGGUCUAUUAGCUCAUUUGUCACCUGGUGAUGUCACCAGGCAGGCCAAAACUCCAUCCCACCAAAACAGAAAAUAUAAAUGUUGACUCCACUGGGCCUUUUAAGAAACCUUCCAAGAGGUUACACCAAGGCAGCUGAGUGAACGGCUGCUUGGGUUAAUACUGUACAUGAAAUGUCCGUAGUUACCAUGUAUAAUUAUGCUCUUCAAGCUCCUUGGAGCACUAACUUUUAUUUUCUCCUAUUGAGAAAGCUAUUUGCCAUACAUUGUCCGUUAUGCUAAUGUCUCGUUGUAUCAACCUUCUAACUUGUCCAAUUGUAAGUAUGUAAUAGCCCUACAAUUAGGUGCUUCAGUAAGUGCCAAAGAGCAAUGGAAAUCAGCAGGAAUGCAGCGUCGAGGACCCUUACCUGUAUAUGUUGGAUUCUAGCCACCAUUGAUCAUAAAUCACACAGUGUUACAAAUUAUGUUUCCCUCUUGUAUGCCAUUCAAGGUUUUUGGUCUUCGUCCCAUUCCUUCUUUGUGCAGCAGCACCGUGGGGACAGAUAAUGUGCCAUUACUAUGUCUGUCCCAUAGUGGCAUCACUGCCAGUAUCAGAGAUAGAGCAUCCUUUUCCACUGGUAUACAGUAGCACAUGCCCAUACAUGCACACGCCAUUUUGUUAUUGAAAUUCGACCUGUGUAAGGGCACAACAACUUCAUGAUCAUGUAAAUAUGGAAGUAAUGCAUAUCCGGGAAUAAUUUCAAUGGAUUACUACAGGCACCUGUGCUUUCUUCUCUCCCUGUUAUUGCCAUGAAAGAACAGUUCCACUUUAAUGCAACGAUGCUAAUAAACUAUUUAUGACUAUG